AUUUCAGACUGGUGUCAUAGGCCAGGAAGAGUUGACGUGGGGAUCUGGGUGAGCAGGUUAAUAUGUGAAAAUACAGUGGCGAGGGGAGGCCAGGCACAUUGACCAGGCAGGCAGAAUGCACGUGGACAUGGUGUGGUCGGCUAUUCUGGCCCUCGCUCUUCCUGCGCUCGCUCAAUGUGGUCCACUAUUUAUUCUGACCGCGCCAAACCUGCUGCGGGUGGGCAGUUGGGAGAAUGUGUUUGUGGAGGCACAGGAAUACACGGGAGAGAGUUUCGAUGUCGAAAUCCAGGUGAAAGACUUCCCGACCAAAAGCAGGGAGAUUUUCUCCAAAACAGUGAGCCUGAAUGCAACCAACAGCUUCCAGGCUUUGCAAGGAAUUUUUAUCUCUGCAGAUUUUUUUGAAGGGACACAUGGCAAACGGUAUGUCUACCUGGAAGCAAAAUUUCCCCAGCAAAAGUUAGAGAAACUUAUUCUGGUCUCCUUCCUUGCUGGGUACAUAUUUGUGCAGACAGAUAAGACCAUCUAUACUCCAGAAGACACAGUUCAUUACAGGAUUUAUGCCUUGAACCCUGGUUUGGAGCCUGUUGCAAGUGGUGUUUCUUUGGCAGUAAUGUCUCCUGAGGGAAUCACUGUUCAGAAAGAUGUGGUGCAUCCUGAAAAUGGCAUCAAGUCAGGACAGUACAAACUCCCAGGGGUUUCCAGCGUGGGGACUUGGAAGCUGGUAUCCAGGUUCCAUAACACCCCAGAGAGGAACUUUACCUCUGAUUUUGAGGUCAAGAAAUAUGUGCUACCAAGCUUUGGGAUCAAGCUCACUCCAGGAAAACCGUUUUUUUACAUUGACGAUGUUGAGCUCACUGUCGACAUAACUGCCCGGUAUCUGUAUGGAGAGGAUGUUUCAGGGAAGGCGUUUGUGGUUUUUGGCGUGCUGACAGAGGAUGGUGAGAAGAAGAGUAUUCCUGCCUCUCUGCAGAGAGUGAACGUUAUCUCAGGAAAGGGCAAUGCUACCCUAAAAAGAGAACAAAUUCAGAAGACCUUCCCUGACAUCAGUCAGUUGAUCAGGCUGUCUCUCUAUGUGUCUGUCAGUGUCCUGACAGUCAGUGGAAGUGAAAUGGUGGAGGCAGAGAGACAGGGGAUCCAGAUAGUGACAUCACCCUACACCAUCCACUUCAAGAAGACCGCCUCCUAUUUUAAACCAGGAAUACCUUUUGAUGUCAUGAUUUACAUCACAAACCCAGAUGACACUCCCGCUAAGGACAUUGAUGUGGAGGUGACACCAGGGCCAGUUUUGGGCAGGACAACGGAAAAUGGAAUCGCCAAGGUUACCGUCAACACCGAAGUACAGGAUGAUUCUCUCUCGAUCACGGUGAAAACGAAGGAUCCUUACCUGACUGAGGAGCAGCAGACGGUACAGCGUAUGGUAGCCCUGCCCUACAGGACACAGCAAGGCUCAAAUAACUACCUUCACAUCAGCAUGCAAACAGCUGAACUAAAGAUUGGAGAUAACCUGGGCAUCAGCCUCAACCUUGUGAACAGCCCAGGUGUACAGGAACAAAUAAACCAUAUCACAUACCUGGUACUGAACAAAGGGAGGCUCAUUCAUGCUAAGAGAUUUGAGAGACUCAGCGGGCAGUCACUGGUGAUCUUAUCACUGCCAGUGACCAAAGACAUGGUCCCCUCCUUUCGAUUUUUGGCAUACUACCACGUGGGCACAGAAGUGGUGUCAGACUCUGUGUGGGUGGACGUUAAGGCAACUUGCAUGGGAACGCUUGAAGUCACCUCCACUAAACUGAAAGAUGUCUAUGAGCCGCGUAAGCCCUUCAGCUUGACCAUCACCGGUGACCCCGGGGCAAAGGUGGGCCUGGUGGCCGUGGACAAGGGUGUCUAUGCCCUGAACAAUAAGAACAGACUCACACAGACCAAGAUCUGGGAAUUUACUGAGAAUCAAGAUACUGGGUGCACGCCUGGGAGUGGAGCUGACAGCAUGGCAGUGUUUUACGAUGCUGGGCUGGCGUUUGAAUCGAGCGCUGGUGGGACCAAGUACCGAACAGACCCCAACUGUCCCGCGCGUUCCAAGAGUCGCCAACGCCGUUCGCUCACACUGAUUGACUUGGAAAACUCACUAGUGGGGGAAUACACCGGUCUGGAAAGGCAGUGCUGUGUGGAUGGAAUAGAAGACAAUUUGCAAGGGUACACGUGCGAGCGGCGCUCCCGGUACAUUAUUGAUGGGCAGGAGUGCGUAAGUGCUUUUCUGCACUGCUGCAAGGAGGUGAAGAAAAAGCACCCAGACUACAGGCAGGAAGCCCUCCUGCUGGCACACAGUGAGGACAAGCAGGACGAAUACAUUAGUGACUUUGAUAUAAAUUCCCGCACGCAAUUCCCUGAGAGCUGGUUAUGGGGGGUGGAGACACUUCCACCAUGUCCAGUAGAAAUGAGAGAAUGUCAGUCCACUUCAGUUGUAACAAAUGGUUACCUGAAAGACUCCAUCACCACCUGGGAAGUCACCGCCAUCAGUCUAUCCAAAUAUCACGGAAUCUGUGUGGCGGAUCCCUUUGAGAUGAAGGUGAUGAAAUCUUUCUUCAUCGACCUGAAGAUGCCCUACGCCACGGUGCGCAACGAGCAGGUGGAAGUUAAAGCAGUGCUUCACAACUACCUUGAUGAGGAAAUAAAGGUUCAGGUGGACCUGAUGGAGACACCGGAGGUGUGCAGCGCAGCCAGCAAGAAGAGAACGUAUCGCAUGCCAGAGGUGUUCAUGGACCCCAUGUCUUCGCACGCCAUCCCGUUUGUCAUCAUCCCGAUGGCCCUAGGCUUGCACUCCAUCGAGGUCAAAGCCGCCGUCUCCGGUUCCUCCUACACAGAUGGCGUCAAGAAGGACCUGCGUGUGGUGGCCGAAGGAGUGAAAAUUAAAAAGGAGGUUAUAACCAUGCUCCUGAAUCCACUGGCUUAUGAUGGAGUUCAGUCACAGAAGAUUAAUGCUGUGAAGCUAUCAUCCAGGGUGCCAGGUUCUCCCGCGUACACUUACAUCAGCGUGACAGGUGAGCUGCCGAGUCAGCCCAUUCAAGAAGCCAUCAGCGGUUCCUCCAUGGGCCGCCUCAUAGCUCGUCCCACGGGGAAUGGUGAGCAGAACAUGAUCAGCAUGACCGGACCCGUCAUCUCCACACACUACAUGGACACCACCCACCAGUGGGAGAAAGUGGGACUAGAGCGCAGAGCCUUAGCCAUCAAGUACAUCACAAUGGGUUAUACUCAGCAGAUGUACUAUCGUAAAACUGAUGGCUCGUAUAGCGUUUGGAAAGACAGGAAACCCAGCACCUGGCUGACAGCAUACGUGGCCAAAGUGUUUGGCUUGGCAUACAGACUUGUCACCAUUGCAGACGACGUACUUUGUAGCGCCCUCAAGUGGCUGGUCCUGAACGCACAGCAGCCAGAUGGCAUUUUCAAAGAGCAUUCACCGGUCUACGACGCAGAGAUUAUGGGUGGCGUGCAGGGGAAAGACAGCGACGCUUCGAUGACCGCGUUCGUCCUCAUCGCCAUGCAGGAGUCCCGUCACAUAUGCGCGAUGAUGAACCUGUCAAACAGCAUGGAGGAAGCCAGCGACUUCCUCUCUCGUAGAAUCCACAGCCUGACCAACCCCUACGCCGUGGCCCUCACUGCCUACGCUCUGAGCAACGAGGGAAAUCACCAGCUGGACAUCCUGAACCGCUUCUCAUCUGAAAAAACACACUGGCCAGUCCCCGGCAGUCACCUUUCCACACUUGAGGCUACUGGCUACGCACUGCUGGCCUUGGUGAAAGCCAAAGAGUUUAACCAGGCUCAGCACGUCAUCAGGUGGUUGACAAAACAUAAGUUCCACAACAGAGGCCCCAGAUCUACCCAGGCCACCAUGAUAGUCUUCCAGGCUGUGGCUAUGUACAUGUCAGAAGUAUCCGAUGUGAAAAACAUCGACUUGCAAGUGAGCCUCAGUGUGGCUGGUCGUAGCCAACCCGUCAGGUGGACAUUCAACUGGGACAACGCUCACCUCACGCGCUCAGAGAGGAUUAAUUUUGAAGAAAACCUGACUGUUACUGCCAAAGGAACAGGCCAAGGGACCCUGUCGGUGAUGACAAUAUACAACGCUUUGCCCGAGGAAAAGGAACCAGAGUGUGGGAACUUUGAACUGGAGGUGAAGAUAGAGAGGGAGCCUCAUGUUACCAAUGGGGAUGCACUGGAGACGUACAAGCUCACAAUUGAGAUGAUAUACAAGUCCUUCUACAGAGAUGCCACCAUGUCUGUCCUGGAUAUCACCAUGCUUACUGGCUUCAUAGCAGAUGAGAAGGACCUUGACAGGUUAACCUCAGGAAGGGACAGAUACGUCCAGAAGAUUGAGAUUGACAAGCAGCUUUCUCAGAAGGGCUCCCUCGUUUUCUUCCUGGAUAAGGUUUCCCAUCAGCUGUCUGACAUAGUGGCCUUCAGGAUACAUAAAAUGAACAGAGUGGGUUUGCUUCAGCCAGCUGCUGUUACUCUGUAUGAGUAUAACUCCAUGGAAAACCGCUGUACAAAGUUUUAUCACCCGAAGAAGAAGGACGGGACCCUGAACACGAUCUGCCAUGAGAACGUGUGCCGCUGUGCAGAAGAAAACUGCAGCUACCAGAAGAAGAAGAAGGUUGAUGAGUUGGACCGUGAGGCGGCAGCCUGUGAAGCUGGAAUGGAUUACGUGUACAAAGCCAAAGUUCUCCAGGCUGAUCUGACUCCCACCAUGGACCGCUUCACUGUCCUUGUUCAGGAUGUCAUCAAAGAAGGCACUGACUCUGGAGUGAGGGGGGAAAAUCGUACAUUUGUGGCCCACCCCCAGUGCAGAGAGGCGAUAGACCUGACAGAGGGAAAGACCUACCUGAUCAUGGGCAAGUCUGUGGACCUCAUCAGAGGAGAGGACAGGAUGAUGUACAUGCUAGGCAGAGGCACCUGGAUUGAACACUGCCCCAUGGAGGUGGAGUGCCUGGAACCUGUGCACCGGUGUCAGGAAUAAUUAGGAAUAAUUAUGUUCCUCCAACAAACAUAAAAAUAAUUAGGAGUAAUAAAGUUCCUCCAACAAACAGCCACCAUUAUAAUUUACUUCCUUCUUUGUUUGCGGCUGUUCCAUUGGCUAACACUAUAAACCAACAAAGAGCAGCAUUUUUUUCAGCCGCUCAAAUAUACCUGGGUGUUGACUAUAUAGGCUGUGACAACAGGCAGUUAUACUUCAGUUGCAUUUGAACAUAUCAACCGCAGCAUGUCACUUUGAAUCGCAAGAAAAAGAUCUCUGAAUGGUACAAUUAAACUGCAGUUGGUCAGAAUGUAAUUCUGUGGGGUCAGUUUACUGCACAAGACUGGAGUUGAAUACCUGUAAUGAAUGUCAGCAGCUCUUAUAAUUAUUUAAAAAAUGGCACUGAUAACUUGAUAUGACAUUAACUGCUUAAUUUAUAGUGAGUGCCAUAAUGUUUGGGACAAAUACUUUUUUUUAUUGAUUUGGCUCUGUACUCCACAAUUUUAGAUUUGUAAUCAAACCAUUCACAUACGGUUGAAGUGCGCAUUCUCAGCUUUUUUUAAGUGUAAUUUUAAACAUUUUGGUUUCACCAAGCUCUGUGAUUUCUGAGCUCACUGGGGCUUUCUUUCUUCUUAAUUAUGUUCAAAACAGUUGAUUUUGGUUAGCCUAAGCUUUGGCCUAUGUCUCUGUUUUUUUUUUUCUUCUUUUCUUUUCUUAUUUCUCAGCCUCAUAAUGGCUUCCUUGACUUUCAUUGGUACAAGUCUGACCCCCUUGUUGACAAAUGCCAUUAACAAGUUCCAAGGCUAUCAAAAGGCUAGAAUCAAGGCUAGAUACUGAAAGCUCUCUUGUACCUGCACUAAGGAAGGAACACACCUUACUAAUCAGAAGUACCUGUGAUGUCAUUUGUCUCAAACAUUAUGACCUGAAAUGGGAGGACUAUUUAUAAAAAAAGUGCUGUCAUUUCUACGUGGUGAAAACAAAAUAUAUAAAAAUGCCCUUGAAUAAAACCUGAGAAUGUACAAUAACCACAUGUGAUUGCAAAACGAAAAUUGUGAAGUACAGAGCCAAAUAAAUGCUCAAUAUGUCUUUGUCCCAAACAUUAUGGCGCUUACUGUAUGCAUUACUUUUAUUUUUGAUAAAAUCUACAGAUAAAAUGAUCAUUUGAAAUUAUUUGGAAAGAAAAUGCUUACUGUGUGUUCAUUUGUGAAGUUUGUAAAAAGAAUACAACGCUGGACCAGGACAUGGUAGUUUGGGCUAUGUGGUGUUGAACGUGUCAUCCAAGAUACCUCCUUGAACACGUCCUAUAUAUUUGCGCUUGGCGUAUGUGAAUUCCUUGUAUCUUAACUGUAAUUUAUGUCUUGUAAAACUGUCACAGUAAAUGUUUAUAUUGUAAUCAGGGGUCCUCUGAAAAAGAGACCUUGGUCUCAGUGGGACUACCCUGAAAUAAAGGUUUCAGUCAAUCAAAA